ACCUGCAUCAGCAGCAACGACCACUACACCGUCGCCGUUUUCGCGAGCGUGCCUCGCCGCCCGCUUCGUUCUCUCUCGCGUGUGUACGUGCCUCGAGAAGCCGCGAUUGCGUGUGUACGUACGUACGUCGAUGAAGAUUCCGUGCGGCCGGCAGCGUUCUCCGGCUCGGGGUGGUUCGAUACGCGCGCGCGCGCACGAACGCCCACCGCUGCUGCCGGUUUAACGCUGGUAUAAAUGGGGUUCGGUGCCGAUAGUGGUGGACAGUUCCGCCACAGCUCUCGGAAGAGACGCCCGUGAUUUUGCACCCCCGCUCGAGCAGAAUUUACCGGACUAUACGACAAGGGUGCACCACGGCCUUAUCUCUCUUUCUUUCUCUUUCUUUUCUUAUAUUUCUAUUCUUCUGCUUUUUUUCCCUCCUCGCUCGAUCCCCCCUUCCCCCUUCUCUCUCUCUCUCCCUCUCCAACUCCCUCGCAAAUCUUUUUUCUCUUCGCCGCGGUCUCUGUCCUCCCUUUCUCGCUUCCGGCUUUUCUUUUCCCUCCGUACCCUCGCCCGGCCGUUACCGCCGUUCGCGUCGCGAUGACCGGAUUGUAACCUCGUCAGAUGACUGACGAAUGACGAGUGAGUGCCGCCGGCCGUGAGGGAUACCGCAGAGUCGACCCGCGUUGAUCUCGCCGCGUCGAUCCCGAUGCCCCGUGAUAGUGAUGAUAAUGGUACGUUGAUACGAGCCGACCAUGCUGCCCCGCGAGAGUGCGAUUGUAUUAUGUGGGCGGACGCGUAUUCCCACCUAUCCUUAUCCCCGCCGGUGCAUACCUUGACGAACGGCUAAUCGCGCAUCCCGGCCGCUUAGUCACCGACGGUUCGUUCUCGGGAUCCUCUUCUCUCUUCUCUCUUCCCGUCGGGAUUCGAAACGCGAACGAACGUCGCGAGGAUCGGGGUGACUGACCGGCAGGCAACGACGACGACGACGACGACGACGACUACUACUACUACGACGACGACGCUUCGUGUGUUUUCGACGUGCACCUAUUCAAAUUUCACGAAAGAAGCGGCGAGUUCGUAAAAAGACUAGAAGCAAGGAACGAACGCGCAUUUCCGCGCUUCCGAAUGGUUGAUCGAGUCGAUCGAACGAGAAGCGCGAUCGACUCGCAGGACACGCGCUCGUGUUCCCGCACGACGCGUUACGAUACAUUGUAUGUAUGUAAUACGAUUUACAUGACGGCUUACGUGCCACAGUGACGUAGUUGAUGAUCGAUGACGGCGCGAGUGGCGUGGGCUCACGUGGUCGACUUUCACUCGCUACCGCUCACGCAUAUACUUAUCAUUAAAUUCACCCGGACUGUCGACGAAACGGCACGGAGUUCCAACGGCUGGUAGACGCGGUCGGUCGGUCGAUCGCUUAUAGCAGGUAGUACCAUGACACUCGCGGCAGCUGCCGACAUUCAAAGUGAGCUAUGUGCAGGCACGGACUCCUUGACCUCUUAAAGUCGCGACACGACACAGGGAAUAUACCAUCCCAGUAUGUGUAAACCGCUCUUGACAACGUGGCGAGGAUAGACGAGCGAGCGAUGGUAUAACUCAAGAGGCUCUGGCGAUCGAACUUUUUAUGAUAACGUCGUUCGGCUCGGCUACGAAAAGCGUCGUCGAAUCGUACCUCGCACGACGUUGCUAGUCGUUAAGACGCAACGACGCGCGUAGUUGUUUCCGACAAGCGGGAUCGGUUGGGAACUUCAAAGGCAAGUUGCGAGCAGCUGAGCAGCCUCCGUCGCUAUCCAUCACGCGCGAACGCUCUUCGGCAGUUGAUCGUCGAUCAUUUAAGUGUAACGGAUGUUGUCUACUUAUCUGUAAUCUCAGCGAGUAAUACACCUCGGGAUAUCGGAAGAGUCAACCAUCGCGCGCAGUGCGGGAUUUUGCAAUUCGACGUAUGAACCUACGCGAGGUCUCUACCUUUCGUAUCGUUGUGAACUUCCAGCCUCGACUCGCUCGGUUCUACACGUCUCAGAGCGAAGCACGAUUUCACGAAUAAAGAUGCUUUUCAUUACAGAUUGACGAAAGUGACCGUGAAGUACAAUUUGAAAAAAAAAAGAAAAAAAUUGCGGCAGAAUAAGUCGAGCCAGCAACGUUCCGAAAUAGCGCAGAUGCAAUCGCGGUGAUCGAAGCGCCGUACAAAUCGACGAGAUAGCAAAAGAAAAAUCGGCAGCGUGAUCCCUAAACGCUUGGAAAAUCCAGCUGGUCGUUCGAUCGGUGACAGCGUGCAGCGAGUAUCGAUCGGCAACCGAGCAGAUCGAGCACCGAGGCGAUCCGGCUCGUAGCAUGAGGCUGACGAAAAUAGUACAGGAUCGAAAGGGAUGAUCGACCAUAGGUCCCAAUGACAACCCGGCGGGGAGGAAGCGAGGAGUCUAAAAGUCCUCCCAGCCCAUCGAGCAGCGGUUCGGAGGACAAUGGCUUCGCGAACCGACCCCGGGUGGCCGGGCUCUACGUGAAGAACUUGAGCAGAGAGGAGUUGGAUGAAUUGGCCAAGGAGGGAAUUUACGGGCCCACGGGGAAUCCGAAUGACAGGCCCGGAGACGGCGGUAGUCAGAGGAGUCUCAAUAUUCCGGGGGGCAGCAGAGAUUCAGAUGGCCUGGAUCAUCUCAGACGAGCGACUUCCAGAACGCCCCAGCCAUCCAGGCGAUCUGGCCGCGCGGCCAGAUAUCGCGAGCCCAGCGGCGGAUUGUCGGAGAACUUAGUACGGAGGGAUUAUCACAGUUCGCUUCCAAUGGAAAAGGAUUGGCCGAGGCGACCGGAAGAUCGGGGACCCGGGCAGGCUUCGCCAGAAAGGUCAGGCCGAGGAUCCUCCGAGUUUCCCGCCGGCUGGAAAGAGCCGUUCGUACGAUCUAGCGCCGCUGCGUCACCCAGAGGAAGUUCCGUCGACGUGCCGAUUACCAGCGAGGUUUCCAGAGCGGCGGCUGGACCGGGACGCCCUGGAGCACCCUCGUCGACGGAGCUCGGCGAGGACAAAGGGCAACUGCCGCCACCAUACGCAGCUCUGAGUCCGCCAAGGUACACCGAGUACGAGGAACCGAAGAUUUGCCCCAAAACUGUGACGGAAGUUUAUCAAACUGACGACAAGGAACGACCGAGCCCACUGAUAAUGGAAGAAGACAAGGAGCAUCCGCAAGGGAGCGCCAAGCCGUCAGACUCGUCCGCCGACAUCGACAAGGCGGAUGGAGUCUCGAGUCCGGCGGGGACGGAUAAGCCAACCUCGCCGGAACCGAAGAACGGUAAAUCCCCACCGAUGAAGAAAAUCAGUUCGAAAACGCAGGACAGCAUGAGGCUGCGGCCGCCGUUGGCUAUAACCGCCAGCGUCUCUGCCGAUUCCGGCACCGGUGAUUCCGGCAGCGCGGAGAUUCAGGCGGACGUCGUGACGCUGCAGGCAGCGUCGGGCGACGUUCUCGACGCCAGGGAGUCGAAAAUCGAGGGCAGGUCAUCCGGCGCGAGGACCCCCGGCAGCAAGGACAGCAAGCAGUUGAUCAAACCAUUCACGAGGGAGAGCAGAUUGGAGAACAAGAGCGCCGUGCAAAUCGCGCGCGAAUAUGGUUUUCAACCGAAGAGAAAGACGUCGGUGGAGGAUGGUGCGAUACUGCCAAACAAAUUCGAACCAUUCCCGAGUAAUCUCUACGGCAGGCCGUUGGAAGAGAUCGACAAUUUCAUCUACAACGAGACGUUCUGCGUGGUGUCCAAGAGAUUCCGCAAGAACUACAUUCAUAGAUUUACGGCAACCAACAGUUGGUAUAUAUUCUCCCCAUGGAAUCCUAUACGGCGGACCUGUAUCUUCCUGAGUACAAAUCAGUACUUCGAUUACGUGGUCAUGGCUACUAUUCUUCUUAACUGCGUCUUCCUGGCCAUGACCGAAACCGUCGAGGAAGCCGAAUAUAUCUUCCUAGCCAUAUACACGGCGGAAAUGGUGAUAAAAUCAGUCGCGAAGGGAUUUAUACUAUGCAAGUACACUUAUCUACGGAAUCCAUGGAAUUGGUUGGACUUCGUGGUGAUUACCAGCGGAUACGCCACUAUCGGGAUGCAAGGCGGGAAUCUGGCCGGCCUCAGGACGUUCAGAGUGUUGAGAGCAUUUAAGACUGUAUCCAUUAUGCCAGGUUUAAAAACUAUCAUCAACGCGCUGUUACACAGCUUCAAGCAACUCGCUGAAGUAAUGACGCUGACGAUUUUCUGCCUGAUGGUUUUUGCACUGUUCGCCUUGCAAGUUUACAUGGGUGAACUUAGGAAUAAAUGUGUGAAGCAAGAUCCGAGUGCCAUGCAAAACGACUGGAUGGGGUGGACUUGGAACUCAUCCAAUUGGGCGUACAACGAGGACGAGGAGCCGAUCAUCUGCGGCAACGUAACUGGCGCCAGGCACUGCAACGAGAACUUCACUUGUCUCAGCGUUGGCCCUAAUCCAAACCACGGUUACACCAACUUCGAUAAUUUCCUGUGGUCGAUGCUCACAACCUUUCAGCUGAUUACCUUGGAUUACUGGGAGGAUGUCUACAACAAGGUGAUAUCGGCGUGCGGACCUAUUAGCGUUACGUUCUUCACGAUAGUCGUUUUCUUCGGAUCAUUUUAUCUGAUAAACUUGAUGCUGGCCGUCGUCGCGUUGAGUUAUGAGGAAGAAGCCGAGAUUACGAACGAGGAACGAAGGAAAGACCUUACGGAUCAUCGCAAUGACUCAACAUUCAGUUUCGAUCCAUCAAAGAUUAACAUUAAGACACUGACAAAGGACAAUCAAAAGAAGAUAGACGCCCGCAAAGGAGUUUUGCUCAGUAGCUAUACAAGGAAGAAGACGCGCAGAAGAAAGCGUGAUAGGAGCAGCAUCGGUCAGAAGAAAAACGAUGAUGCACACAGCAGCACAACAUCAAAUUCUAGGUCCAUAACGCCCAGUCCAAGUCCGAGCCCCGGACACUCCAAUGUACAGCCUUCCCACUUGCCGCUGCAGAACAUCAGUCCCAGACUGCCGAAGCCCAACACGAUACACCGGCUAGCGCUGAACCGGGGUGUGUUGCAUUCCAGACAAGCGAGCAACAACAGUAAUCAGCAAUCGUCUCUAGACGACUCCGGAAUGGGGGACGAUCACGACGGUGAUGACGGCACGUCCGUCGAGGAACACGACAAGCGCGAGCAUCGCGCCGAGAAGUCGCAGGAAAGAUCCCCGCGGGAGCACAGCAGGGUCCAACAACCCUCUCCGCAAGUGCGCCUGGAUUGCCCGCCGGUGCCGGUCACCGUGUCGGUGAAGACCGGGGGCAAUCGGGAGAUUCAAGUGCUCAGGUGCAACGGGGUUAAAACCAAGAAACAUAUGUACGCGCUGCCGCCAGAGUACCUGUCGCAGAUUGUAGUUUUAGAUGAUCUUCCAGAUAGAAAUUGCGAUAGAUGUAGUCGAUGUUGCGUUGAUUACGAGGGAUGGCUAAGAUUUCAAAAUUGCCUGUACAAGGUGGUGACGGAUCCUCUGUUCGAACUGACGAUCACCGUCUGCAUCAUCUUGAACACCUGUUUCUUGGCGGUAGAGCAUCACGGUAUGAGCGAGUCGGUACGGCAGACGCUCACCAUCGGCAACAAGGUGUUUACCAGCAUUUUCACGUUCGAAUGCAUCCUGAAGCUUCUGGCGCUGAGCAAGGACUUCUUCAACAACGGCUGGAACAACUUCGACCUGAUCAUCGUUUCCGCGUCACUUAUCGACCUAACGUUCGAACUGGUGGAUGGUUUAUCAGUGAUACGAAGUCUCAGACUACUGCGCGUUCUAAAGCUCGCGCAGUCCUGGACGACCAUGAAGGUCCUCCUCAGCAUCAUCAUUUCCACGAUAGGUGCGCUCGGUAAUCUGACUUUCGUGUUAGUAAUUGUGAUCUACAUAUUCGCUGUGAUCGGCAUGCAGCUGUUUAGUAAAGACUACACCCCGGACAAGUUCUCUCCAGAUCCGGUGCCGCGGUGGAACUUCAACGAUUUCUUCCAUUCGUUUAUGAUGAUAUUCCGCAUUUUGUGCGGUGAGUGGAUCGAGCCCCUCUGGGACUGCAUGCGCGCGGAGACGGAAAACGGGCCGGGCAUAUGUUUCGCGGUAUUCCUGCCGGCCUUAGUGAUGGGGAAUUUCAUGGUCCUCAACCUCUUCUUGGCUCUGUUGCUCAACAGCUUCAAUUCCGAGGAGCUGAAACAAAAGAAGAAGGAGGUCGGCGAGGAGUCCAAGCUUGCGCGUUCGUUCGAUCGCAUACGGUCGAUCGUACGCAAGCGAAAGCGGAAGGAGAACCCCGAGAAUGAGAAAAACAUUCGGCUGGAGCAGAUCGUGCGCGAAGUAAUGGACAAGUCCGAUAAGGAGAAGUAUGCGAUCCAGGAAACCGUGCUGAGCCUUCCCAAAGACAAUAUUUACAAUAGAUCGUAUCAGGAGAGUCUCAAUCAGCCAGUCUUCUCGUACGAUCCGAUCUACCGUCAAGUCACCUACAGCCAAAGCAAUCAAGAAACGGUCAAGGAGAACAAGAACCUAACCGAGAAAGGCAAUAGCAACGAGAUUAAUCCCGAGGAGAGCAUAGAGCUGGAGGUGCUCAAGAAUGUCAAUCCGGAUGAGAAAGUGGCCAUGCUGCCGGAAGAGAAACCAGCUGUUCGGAACGACGAAAAGAUAGGGAAACGUCCGUGGCACGACCUCGUGAGUUACGUGGACGAGCUCACGGUUGGCGGUAGACGGGACAGUAAGGGAAGGUACAUCGACGGGAUGGGCUCAUUUCCCGGGUUUGGCAAGAACAAGAAGCGCAAGGAGCCGCUUGAUUGCUUUCCCCAACACUGCUACGAGAAGUGUAGCUUAAUCAACCGUUGUCUCGCUACGGAUCUCGGCAAGAAGUGGUUGAACGUUCGUAGGGUCGUCCUGCCGGUCGUGGACACGCCCUCCUUCGAAUGGAUGAGCCUAGUUUUAAUUUUUUCAUCUUCCAUAACGCUGUGCUUCGAGGACAUCUACCUAGAUGACAAUCCUUCUUUGAAGAAAAUUCUCUAUUGGACCAAUGUUGGCUUCUGCGUACUUUUUAGCUUCGAAAUGCUCCUGAAAUGGAUAGCCCUAGGCUUCUAUAAAUACUUCACAAAUUUCUGGACAAUCCUGGAUUUUAUAAUCGUUUUCGUAUCCAUAUUUAGCCUUUUGAUAGAAGAAAAUGAGAACCUUAAAGUAUUACGAUCACUGAGGACACUACGCGCCUUGAGACCACUGAGAGCGAUCUCGAGAUGGCAAGGCAUGAGGAUUGUAGUAAACGCGUUGAUGUAUGCGAUACCUAGUAUAUUCAACGUGCUCCUCGUCUGUCUCGUGUUCUGGCUUAUUUUUUCGAUAAUGGGCGUCCAGUUCUUCGGCGGCAAAUUCUACAAGUGCGUCGACGAGUUCGGAACAUUGCUGGAUAUUUCGGUAGUGAACACGAAGGACGAAUGUUUCAGCAAAAAUUAUACCUGGGUGAAUAGCAAAAUUAAUUUUGACCACGUUGGAAACGCUUACCUAGCUUUAUUGCAAGUGGGGACCUUCGAGGGAUGGAUGGAAAUAAUGGAAGACGCAGUGGACGCGACGGGGGUGGAUCUGCAACCGCAGAGAGAAGCGAAUCUGUACGCCUACCUCUACUUCGUCAUAUUCAUUGUCUGCGGUUCAUUCUUCACGCUCAAUCUCUUCAUUGGAGUAAUCAUAGACAAUUUCAACAUGUUGAAGAAAAAGUAUGAAGGUGGGGUGUUAGAAAUGUUUUUGACUGAGAGUCAAAAACACUACUACACUGCCAUGAAAAAACUUGGCCGUAAAAAGCCGCAAAAAGUUAUAAAACGUCCGAUGAACCAAUUCCUCGCAAUGUUCUACGACCUGUCCAAUUCUCGCAGAUUUGAAAUAGCUAUCUUCGUUUUGAUAUUUCUCAACAUGGUGACGAUGGGUAUCGAGCACUACAAUCAGGCACAUUCCAUCUUCUUCGUCCUUGAAGUGUCAAACGCGUUCUUCACUACUGUUUUCGGUCUGGAAGCAAUCGUCAAGAUAAUCGGUCUGCGUUAUCAUUACUUCACGGUGCCAUGGAAUCUGUUCGACUUUGUACUUGUACUAGCGUCUGUCCUGGGUAUUCUGAUGGAAGACAUCAUGAUAGACUUCCCUGUGUCCCCGACGCUCUUGCGAGUCGUGAGGGUGUUCAGAAUCGGCAGAAUCUUGAGGCUUAUCAAGGCCGCGAAAGGUAUCCGCAAGCUGCUCUUCGCCCUUGUCGUCAGUCUACCUGCACUCUUCAACAUCGGGGCUCUGUUGGCCCUGAUUACGUUUAUCUACGCCAUUAUCGGAAUGUCCAUUUUCGGACAUGUCAGAAAACAAGGCGCAUUGGACGAUAUGGUAAAUUUUGAAACCUUCGGUAGAAGCAUGCAGCUGCUGUUCCGUUUGAUGACGUCGGCUGGAUGGAAUGACGUGUUGGAGUCGCUGAUGGUACAAUCACCAGAAUGCGAUCCCACCCCAAACAGUCGACAGAUGAACGGAGAUUGCGGAUAUCCAUUGUUAGCGAUCACGUACUUCACAUCAUUUAUUAUUAUUAACUAUAUGAUUGUCAUCAAUAUGUACAUCGCCAUCAUCUUGGAGAAUUUCAAUCAAGCUCAUCAAGAAGAGGAGAUUGGCAUCGUCGAGGAUGACUUAGAGAUGUUUUACAUCCGAUGGUCUAAGUACGAUCCGCAUGCAACUCAAUUUAUCAGCUUCUCGCAGUUGAGCGAUUUUAUAGCGAGCCUAGACCCUCCGUUGGGGAUAUCAAAGCCUAACGUAGUGGCGUUGGUCAGCUUUAAUCUUCCCAUCGCAAAGGGUAACAAGAUUCAUUGUCUGGACAUCCUGCACUCACUUGUCAAGCACGUUCUUGGACACGUUGAAGAGUCGGACGACUUCAGGAAGCUGCAAGAUCAGAUGGAUGUCAAGUUCAAAAAACAAUUUCCGACAAGGAAAGAAUUGGAGAUAGUGUCUUCCACGAGAAUCUGGAAGCGACAAGACAAAGCUGCCAGGUUGAUUCAACGUACAAUAAAGGAAUACGUUGCGAUGAAAAAGGAGCGCGAGAGGAUUGCUCAGGAGGUGGAUUCGCAGACGCAGACUUCGAGCCCGGGUGGCACGGAUGGUAAAGGCGGGGGUGGAUGGAGCGGUAAGCUGUCGGCUCUGCUGCACGUGCACCGAGGCAGCCGGGCCAGUAGCCGCAAGUCCUCCAGGGCCAGCGACGCCAGCGAUCUCAGCGAACUCGGCACCGCCUCGGCGUGGCUGUUUCCAAAUCUUCCUCUGCUGUUGCUCUCUGGCGCCACCGGAACCCAUGAGGACCUGCAACCCCCGACACUGACUGUGUCCUGUCAACCUUCCGCUGCCUCCAGCUCUGGCUCAGACUCCCACACUACUAUCAGAUCGCUGGGCCGGCAAGACGCAGUGGAGAAGUAUCCGGACGAGGACUUACUCAGCCCACCGACGAAGCGCAACUCUCUACGACCGAGCGGUACCACCCUCUCACUGAACGCGCUACAACGAGACAUCAAGGAGACGUUCAAUCGACGAUGUAGUAGCCUGAGACGACGGGCGCCGCCGCCGCCGCAGGAGCCAAGUCCGGAGAAGCGAUCAGCCGAGAGUAGCGACGUGAGUAUUCUGGUGACGGAGCCAAGUCCGGAGAACACGGCGCCACCCUCGAGGCCAUCGCUGAUCAGACAGCAGUCGGAGGCGACGGUGGUGCACGUGUUGGUGCACCGGGAGAGUGAGGAGUAUCGGGACACUCCGGACGACAGCUGAUCCUAAUCGACGGCUACCACCACGCCUGAUAGCGACAGCGACGCGACGACUCACAAGGGAACCUCGCAAAGUGAGAAACUCAGAUUUUACUGAAACUUGGCUUAUAAAUAACUUAUAAAUGUAGAAGAGGUAAAUUGUACAUGAAUUUAGAAAUUGUCAGUUGCGGCUGAAAAACGGGGUGAAACUACCACAGAGACAAAGAGACUUUUGGCUUUUAUCAAUAUAUCUAGCGAAACAUCGAAAAGUGUUUCAUACAAAAGUUUUACUAUGUCCUACGUCUGUAUUGACCUUAUCUUAAAAAAAAAAUUAGAAAGAAAUUAAGAAAUAUAUACAUGUAAUGAAUACUUAUGUAAUUAAAAAUUUAUAUAAUAAAUUUUUAACUUAACAACUAUUUAAUUAAAAGUUAAAUAGAGCCAUUUCACAUGUACAAUAAAAUCUCUUACUAAUUAUCAUUGUAUAUAGUUUAAUAAAAUAUAAUUAUAUGUUAAUAAGAAUCAGAAAUAAAUACAUAAAAUAAAAUACAUAUUUUGAUUAAAUUAAGCGUUAUCAUUGUAUAUAGUUUAAUAAAAUUUAAUUAUGUGUUGAUAAGAAUGUAAAUUAGAAAAUUAUCUAAUUCUCUAAAGAGUAAAUAUAUAAAAUAAUAAUUGUAAAAGUAUAAUUUUACAAAUAAUUCAGUAAAGGAAUAUUAUAUAGGGAAUAAAUUAUGUAUCGUAUAUAAAGUAACAAAAUGAUGUAUUUGUGUCAAUGCUAACAACAUUGAUCAUUUUGCUUAAUUGUGAUGUCCAUUUUACGCAACGUAAUUGACAUGAUUUGGGUAAAUAUAUUAUGGUGUAUUUAUAUUCCAUUACAUAAGGACAAAAUUUAUUUUUCCAUGUUCUAUUUCCCAUAUAAUAUGUAUUAUAUUAUUUUUAACUACAUUCCAUAUAAAAUUUAUAUUGUUAUUAAUACUUUUCCUAUGUAUAAUGUAUCCAUGUAUCUUAUAGGUAACAUUUUCAUCAACGUAUUGAUAAGAAGUAUUGCACAUUCGUAUGUAUUUGAACAUUCCUUCUGUAACACAAGAAUAUAUUUCUUAUAAAUAAGUUUAUUC